AGCUGAAAAGAACAGACCAUUUGUGUCACACGAUCUGACUGGCGUUGAUUAUUGCGUAGCUGAUCGUUUUCGUUGAUGUCAAACAUGUGAAUUCUUGAAACACGUGGGUUAUUUGCACGAAAAUAUCUUCAAACGAUAAUUAAAAUGUUUCAAUCGACGCGAUGCUUGAUCCAUGCAUUACGAUCCUCGCGUCGUUCAUUGCAUAUUUGCAGUCAACAGUUGUCAGAAGUCACCGAGUAUGAAUCUCCUAUUACUGAGAAUUACAAAAAGGGUCCGACGGAGGGUAGAUCACUUUAUUUGGAUGCCCAAGCCACUACUCCACUGGAUCCCCGGGUGUUGGAUAAAAUGAUGCCAUACUUGACAGUAUACCAUGGUAACCCACACUCCAGAACUCACAUGUAUGGCUGGGAGACAGAAGCAGCGGUGGAACAUGCUCGCAAACAAGUUGCAGAUCUGAUAGGAGCUGAUAAAAAGGAAGUGAUAUUUACAUCAGGCGCGACAGAGUGCAAUAAUAUAGCUGUAAAAGGUGUAGCAAGGUUCUAUAAAUCAAGGAAAAAUCAUAUUGUGACAACUCAGACGGAACACAAAUGUGUAUUGGAUUCGUGUAGAGCCUUGGAAGCAGAAGGAUUUGAUGUAACGUAUAUUCCUGUCAAGUCAAACGGUCUUGUUGAUCUCAGUGAAUUAGAAGCAGCCAUCAGACCUUCCACAUCAUUGGUUUCCAUAAUGACAGUAAAUAAUGAGAUUGGUGUCAGACAGCCUAUCGAAGAAAUUGGUGCCAUUUGUAGAAAGAAGAAAGUUUUCUUUCAUACAGAUGCAGCACAGGCUGUAGGCAAAGUAACAAUUGAUGUUAAUGCCAUGAAUAUCGAUCUGAUGUCUAUCAGUGGCCAUAAAUUAUAUGGUCCAAAAGGAAUUGGCGCUUUGUACGUCAGAAGAAGACCACGAGUGCGUGUAGAGCCGUUGCAGAGCGGCGGUGGACAAGAAAGGGGAAUUAGAAGUGGUACUGUGCCAGCACCUUUAGCCGUGGGCCUUGGCGCCGCCUGUGAACUGGCGCAAACAGAGAUGGAUAGUGAUCACAGAUAUAUCAGUACACUGGCGAAUCACCUAAUCCAGAAGAUAAUAUCAGAGUUACCGCAAGUUGUGCGUAACGGCGAUCCCGUGGCCUGGUACCCUGGUUGUGUAAAUCUGUCAUUUGCGUGUGUUGAGGGUGAAUCGUUGCUGAUGGCGCUGAAGGAAGUGGCAUUGAGCAGUGGUUCGGCUUGCACCAGUGCAAGCUUGGAACCCAGUUACGUGUUGAGAGCAAUUGGCGCUUCGGAAGAUUUGGCUCAUUCCAGUAUCAGGUUUGGCAUCGGACGGUUCACGACAUUUGAAGAAAUCGACUAUACCGCGGAGAACACGAUACGACAAGUGAAACGACUACGGGACAUGAGUCCAUUGUGGGAAAUGGUGGAAGAUGGCAUCGACUUGAAGACUAUCAAAUGGACUCAACACUAGUGCCCUCGUUAUGGGAAUAUUGCUGUUACACAAUCUUAAGUAUAUAGUUUGUGUACUGAUUAAACAUAUAAUGUGAUAUAACGAUCGUGUAAGUCACAUCAAUAAAGAGGUCGAAUUGAGCUGAUUAAGAUAA